CCAGUGUCACAUUUUGCAGAUGUUUUAGGCUAAACAGCAUUUGAGUUAAUAGCAUAUGUGUUAUGAGAACAGGAGACAAGCAACUAUGCCUGAUUCAAAGCAUUCACGAUGCCCAAAUCUAAUUAUUUAUUUACAAUGUUAUUUUGUGACUAUUGCCACAAUCCUAGGAACAGGGAUUUUGGGUCUUCCUGUGACGCUUACGAAGUCGGGACUCUAUCCGUUUCUCAUCACAUUCAUCACAAGUGCUCUCAUGCAGGUCCUACUCAUCUACUACUUCACAGACUUGCUGCAGAAAGCGUACGCCUCACAGCUUGACUCGAAAGAGGUAGAAUCAUUUCCUUUGAAAGAAAUGGAAGGUGGCAGUGAUGACAGUUCUGAAGAUGAGCUGUCGAUUAAAAAUGGUGUCAUCACGGGAAAGAUGAUACUGCGUAACGACCGGCCUGCUCUGUACCCGAACCUCCACAUGCUUGGCGAGUUGUAUCUUGGGUGUGGCGUCCGGCAGUCGUUCGACAUUCUCAUCAUACUGCAGUUUGUUGCCUUGCUUAUCUGCUAUGCACUGGCCGGGAGUGAAGCGUUUGCAGAGCUCGUUGGAGUCAGACACAUCUACGUAAUCCCUGGCUUUGUGUGGCUUCUGUCGUUUGCCGUGGUCUUUGCUCUCAAGUUUAUCCAGCCCAUCGUGUCGAUUCUCACCUUUGUUAAAGGCUCGCUUCUUCUGGGAACAACUAUUGUCACAUUUUUUGUGGGCCUAUCAGUUGGACAGAAUGUCAGCACUGAUUUUGCCGCCACUGGUGCCCCAUUCCUGAUGGGAACUGUCGCACUAGGUGGAAUAAUCAACACGAUGCCUUUUAUAUAUGAAAAGAUCGAAUUUAAGAAAGAGAAGAUAAAGAAUUUCCGAUUGUCAGUUCUACUUGGAAUGAUUACAUGUACAGUAUUGAAUAUAUUGUGGUGUUGGGCAGUUUUAGAAAUCGUUCCACAAACUAUAGAAAUGGCCUGUUACAAAGAACAGACGCAUCUUUCCCUGAUGUCUGAGCCAAAUGUCUCCAUGACAACACUUUCAGUACUGACCACCCCAAGAGAAGUGUGCACUGGAGAAUUGUCCUUGGAGAGCGCCGAAAAAAAUGGUGAAAUUUCAACCCUUCCUUUAACAAAGAUUCUGCAUCGAUAUCAUCCAUCAAAGGACUGGGUGGCAUUCCUCAUAGAGCUGUUUAUUGUCAUCAGUAUUCUUGUGUCGUAUCUCACCAUCGGUACCGCUCUCCAUCACACACUGUCUGGCUGGGUAGAGUCAUGCUGGAUGGACGGCACUUUCUCAAGAUUCAUUCCAAAUAAUAAAGACAGUACAUUCUGCAGUUGUAUCAAUGGCAAAUGGUUGUGUAUGGUUGUGAUAUCCUUACUGGCAUUUUGUGUAGUGUUUGCUGUUGCAAUGUUAGACCCACAGGGUUUUGUGGACAUACUGGAGAAGUUUGCCUCGUUUACUCUGAACCUGCAGGCUGGGGUGUAUAUUUUCAUGAUGUUAUUGCGGGCAAACAAUCAAGAAAACAGAAAUGUUAUGGUUCCUCUACCAAUACCAUCAUGGAUGAAAUAUUUACAGUUUUUACUGCCUCUGUAUUUCGGCUUUGCCGUUCUUUACGAUAUUUUUAAUAUAGUGUUUGAAAUGUUUUUGAAAAGUGACACGGCAGGACAUACAGUAUCUGACGUUAACUUCACAAAAAGCACACUCAGUCCAUUGUACAGUACAACAUGGAGCUCAUUGUAUAACACUAGUACAGUAUUUAAUAUUGGAAAUGAAUCUUUGACUAAUGAAACAUUAGGUAUGCACAUGUAAAUGGUGUCAUGUUAAACCUAUAACUGUUCCUAUUUAAUAGGGUGCAGUCAGUGGAGUAGCAUGGGUGGGGCCACCGGGGUGGUUGACCUGGGACUGGUGGAAGGGACUCUGGGAGUGCUAUCGGUCCACUGGUUAGGGGGCACAAUACUGACCUUGCCCCGGGUGCUGCCAACCCACGCUACGCCACUGGGUGCAGUAUUUCUCGGUGAUAUGUUGUAUCUCUAGUAUUCACAUUGGUGGGAUUUUAAUUUUUUACACCCACCAAUAUUUUGUGAGCCAAAAUUAAGUUUUCUCAGUGUUAUUUUAGAUGAAUAUAUAAAUAUUAGAGCUGGCCGGUAUACCGUAUAUACUGUCCGAUAUCGGUAUCAUGUCAAUACCAAUUGACCAUACUGAGUAAAUAUCAAAAUACCAACAUUUUGGUAUUGAAAGAGAGAGAUGAAUUCCUUGAAUAUGGAAUUUAAUUUUAUUUAGAUGAGACUGCAUUUAAAGCCGAAAAUAGCACUUUUUAUCGGUAUUAUAUUGAAUACCGAGGUAAAUUACCCUAAAAAUAUCGAUACCGAUACCGUACCUGAAAUUUCAAUACUGCCCACCUCUAAUAAAUUUAUUUUAAAAAAUUUUGUUUUCAAAAUUAGGAAAAGGAUAUGUCUAUAUUAGUAGUAUCUGUUACUUACAAUUUUAAUAGAAAUUUGGACAGCAAAAACCAUGGUAACAUAAAAGAUCUAUGGAUUCAGUGACUUUCUAGUUGUCCUAAUAUGUGUAUUAGCUCAAAAGUUUUAUUUCCUAAUAUAUAUAUUUUUUGUACAUAUAAAAUGAUUGGGAGGUUAGUCUUAGUUACUAUAGACAUUAGGACAGUCGAACAUUGUAUAUAUAGACUGUGAUAUUUAAAACAACAAAAUAUAUUUAAUAUGAUCUAUUUAAUAGUGGGAAACAUGUUUUGUAUUGACAUCAUGAAGGUAAAUUUUCUGAACAAAUAUUAUUAAGGAUUUCGUAAAUAAUUGAAUGAUUUUGAAAUCAGAAAUGAACAUAUUCUUUAAUUGGGCCUUGUCCGUCCAUAGGGUCUUGAUUAAACAUCUCAAAUUACACAUCUAUGUUAGAAACAACCAUAUGUUUGACAUCCAGUAGCCGAUGAUUAAUUGAUCAAUGUGCUCUAGUGGUGUUGUUAAACAAAACAAACUUGUUCUGUUUUAGAACCACUAACAGUUUGGCCACCCAGCUCCUGUUGGUGGGUUACCUAAUGAUGUCAUCAGCUGGUACAACAGAAUUUACUGUGGUAAAACCAUAAAGAUGAUGUCAUCAGCUGGUACAACUGAAUUUACUGUCGUAAAACCAUAACAAUGAUGUCAUCAGCUGAUACAACUGAAUUUACUGUGGUAAAACCAUAAAAAGUAUGUUAUCAGCUAGUGAUCUUUGUAAUGUUUAUUCUUGCUAAAAUAAAUUGUACAUUUUUUCCCUCAUUUACAGUAUUUCUGCCAGAAAUGAGUAUGGGUAUGGCACUAUGAAAUGAAAUAUUUACAACACGUGUGCUGAAUGCAACUGCAGUUGAUAGGGGGUAUGGGGGGGCCUCCCACAUAAAGAAAAUGGGUAUGGAUUAGGGUUAAGAAAAUCAUACAGUAAUGAUGAUGCAUUAAUUUUAUCAAAAGGUCAACUUAAAAAAAUAAAAUCUGCAAAACAAUUUGGGUAUCACACCAUAGCCAUUUUAAUAAACAGUUGAAAUGGAAUAGGAAUAACAAAAUUUGCUGACAGAGAUCAGUUGUUUUACUGUCACAAAUUUCUCCUUUUAUUGUCUCUGCUAAAACAUCACCAGUAGAGCUAAAUUUACACCAGCAAAUACCGCUGAUAUAUAGCGGGAUUCUCCUCUCAUCUUUGACAAUAUGUCUGAUGUCAUAUAAUUGUAAAUGAAGGUGUUCACUAGAUAAUUAAAUUUCCGUUACAUUCAUUACCUUAUAACGUCAUCACAUUGGUCCAGACGUAGCAACGGGAGUUCGUUCAUAUCUCGAUGAAUAGAAAAAUUACAUCGUCAGGGAAAGUAAUAUCUGAUGAUGUCAUUUUAUACGGGCAAGUUGUCUUAUUGAGUGUUAUUGUUUAUGGAUCAAAAAUAAUUCAAAAUAGAGUAUGAAGUUUCAGUGUUAU